CACUUUCAUGAAUUUCACGAUCCAAAGACGUCUUUGCGCUGGAUUUCGUCUGCCGAGAAUAUCGCUCAGAAACUAUUAAAUCGGCCAGUGUAAUGGACGAUCACUUCGAAUCUGGCAGACGGCACGACUUCGAAGGCGACGAUCAUCCACCAUUCUUCAGCAACGUCAAGGAAGAGACAGACGAAGCAAAUUUCUCAAGCACUGAAGGCGAUUUAGAGCUUGAUUUGUCGACUAGUGAACGUCCAAAUAUGGAGAAGAAGUAUCGGCGCGAGUUUCCAGCCGGUCGAUUUUUGAAGAAGGAAUUGGAGUACAUUGCGAAAACCUAUUGUGAUAAUUACAAAACGUUCUAUUAUUCGACUGUGAACGGCGGAAAAGAUAAGGAUUGUAUAGCUAGGAAAAAAGAGCUACUCGUGGAAAUGGCCGAACAUGUGUCAAAACUUGGUGAUGAGCCAAGAACCGUGGAGCAAGUAGAGCAGAAAAUUCGUGAUGAGAUGAAGCGAGUGAAGAAAUACUUGAUAGCUAAGAAACAUGGUAGGCCGAAUGGAAAGCGUGAAAUAGUUCUGUCUACACCGCAACAAAUGAUUGCUGACAUGAUCGAAAAAACCACCCUAGAACCUUUUCGUCAGAAAAUUUGUGGUGAACCACUCAGUGAAGAUGUGUUAGAAGCAUUUCGAUCAUGGAAAGAGAAUGGAGAUGCUUCUAAUAUGGAAAUGCCAAUAGCAGGUUCGUCUCUGGAAGUGAGUCCACCUAGUGGAAGUCAGCGAGGUGCAUCUCCGCUGCCAAGAGGUCAACGUCUGUCUCCUCCUUUGCUUAGGAACCAUAAAAGAAAAUUGGCCGAGAAAGGAGAGACAUCUGCAGAUUACAUGGAUGAGAGUCCGAAUUCCAAACGAGAUUUCGAUUUUGAUCAUCUCAAAGAUCGCCGCCGAGCACUAGAAGAAGAUAUGAGAUACGCCAGAGCCAAGCUAGAAGCAGUGACAGCUGAGCGUGAUUUCUGGAUGGCAAAGAUAGACGUACUGGACCUUGAGAGACAGUUUUGGAUGAGCGAACUUGAACGCAGCCUCAGGCACAAGUAUCAGUGAGCUCAUAAGGACUCAAAUUCGAAUACUGGCAAGAGCUCCACCCCCACGGAUUUUUGAUCUAUCAACUAUGGCAUACCUUAUGAGGACCGUUAGUUGGCAAAGUGGUGUCUAUUGGCAGUAUUCGGUACAACAUUUUAUUCCAUAGGUGUGAUAUUAUUGUUGAAUGUGAAGGCAUUUCGGUUGUAGAUUUAUUUAUUAUUGUACUGUAGAAUUUUUGGAUUAUUGUGUUGUGAACUGGAUUUUUGUUGUACAUCUGUGGUAAU